UGUGCGCCGGUGUUUUGCCCUGAGCUGCUGUGCGGGCGGGCGCAGAGGGGCGGUGCUCUCCCUCCCCUGAAACACUCCACAGGGCUGAAGCCGCUCAGUUCUCACAGGGAUGGGGAUGUCGGCCGAAUACGACAGCGGCAGUUUGCUCUCUGUCAGUGUCAGCGAGGGAACUCCGCUGCGAGUCAAAUGAUUGGAGCUGUACGGAAAUGCACAGUGUGGUGUUGAAAGUGUGUUUGUCCCGCAAUGAUCCGCAGAUCUCCCCAGCAUUGGGACCUAAGGGCCGCCUGGAUCCUCACCGUCACUACCCUCAUGAGCGCUCACUCCACCGGAGGAUCACCGCUGCUCCCACAGCCUGAGGUUUUUCUGGAAAAGUACGGCUACCUCCAUCAGGACGACCAUAUCCACAAUGCAGUAGAGGUGAAGUCAGCCGUUCGCGAGUUCCAGUGGCUGUCCCGGCUUCCUGUCACAGGUGAACUUGACAGCGCCACCCUGAGGCAGAUGGCGGAGCCUCGCUGUGGAGUGUCGGAUGAGGGCAGCCACCAGAUCUGGGCUCUGAGGGUGAACGGCAUCUUUACUGGAAAGAGGGUCACGGCAGGACGCAGGAAACGCUCUGUCACACAAGUGGAGAAAUGGUACAAACGCCACCUGACGUAUCAGAUCGUGAACUGGCCUCGUCACCUGUCCCUGGGCUCAGUGCGUCUGGUGGUGCACGCGGCUUUCCAGCUGUGGAGCAACGUGUCGGGCCUGGUGUUCCAGGACGCCCCUGAAGGACCUGCAGAUAUCCGGCUGGCUUUUUACGAGGGAGACCACAAUGAUGGUGUCAACAAUGCCUUUGAUGGACCAGGGGGAACUCUGGCUCACGCCUUCCUGCCACGCCGGGGCGAGGCCCACUUCGACAAGGCGGAAAGGUGGACGCUAAACGGACACAAAGGACACAACCUUUUCAUGGUGACUGCCCACGAGAUCGGACACACGCUGGGACUGGAGCACUCCCCGGUGCGUCACGCUCUAAUGUCGCCUUAUUACAGGAAACUGGGACGCAACCUGGUGCCGAGCUGGGACGACAUCAUUGCAGUGCAGCAGCUGUAUGGUAAACCGUCAGGAGACCGUGCCAUGAGGCUGCCGGGUCAGGUUUUACACGCUGCGCUGCAGGAGUGGGAGUUCAGAGAGCUUCACGACAGACAUAAAAGCACAGACCAGCCUUUCUACUGCCAUGGUGUCUUUGAUGCCAUCACUAUGGACCAGAAUGACACGGUGCUGGUGUUUCGGGGCACCGUGUAUUGGACAGUGUCGGCCGAGGGCGGAGUCACUGGUCCUCUGCAUCUCCGCCAGCGCUGGUCUGACCUCCCGCCUGCCAUCGAGGCCGCUGCCUUCUCCCCACUGGACUCCAAGUGGUAUUUUUUUAAAGGGAAGCGGAUGUGGCGUUACACGGACAGCGUGCUGGACUCUGGCUUCCCCAGGAAAAGCAGCGAGUCGGGGCUGCCGAACCACCCCGACAGCGCCUUCUACUACUCUCCUCUGGGUCACAUGGUCCUCUUCAAAGGCUCACGCUACUAUGUGCUGAACCUCAGAACCCUGCACCAAGAGCCCUACUACCCGCGCAGGCUCACAGACUGGACUGGCGUGCCACAGGGGACCAACGGGGCACUGACCCGUCCAGGCGGACGCCUCUACUUGUUCAGAGAACAUCGCUUCUGGACGUUUGACCCGGUCAAGGUGCGAGUCACCAGAGAGGGUAAGUGGGCUAAGGAUCUGAGCUGGACUGGUUGCAGCAACACACCUCAGAACAACAACAUCCUUUGACCAGCAGAUGGAGCCGUCAGCUUGAUAAAGUGCAAUUUGUUGAACAUAGAGGUGCUCUAACUUUUUUUUUGUAUCCUGAAACCCAAGUACAAGUACUUGCAGAUGCAAACUCGUUUAUAUAGUAUUUAUAAUGCAGAGCAAUUAAUAUUACUGUAUGUGAAAGUGCAAAUGUGGCUAUUUUAAUACAGUUUAGACAACAGGGAUUAAGAACUGUUUUAGGUCGGGAUGAAACCACAAAGAAGUUUGAUCUUUUAAAAACCUUCCUUUUGUUGUAGUUGCACACAGAGAGAAACCAAAAGAUUUUAUCAGCUCUUCCACAUUGUCACUAAAAUACUGUAUGUAAGAUAUUGUAUAAAUAAUUAAUAUUAGCCUGUGACUGUCUGCUCUCCUGAAAUCUUCAUCACUGAGGAUUCAACAGUUGAAUACGAUGAGUCCGUCGGAAGGUGAGUGAUGAAGUGUGAUGGUUAGUGACUGUUAGCAGCCGUGUAAUUAAACAUCA